AUGCGAAGACGUGCAGAGUGGAAUCCGCCUAAUCGGCCAAGCGAGAAAUUUGUUCGAAAUGAUUUCACGAAUCUUCCAACACGACCAUCCGGUCUCUCUACUUCUUCGACGGGCUUCAAUUUAUCAAGUGGUGCUGCAUUCACAGCUACGGAGAGGAGUGAACCAAACGUCUCGAGAAGACCACUGGGUGAAACAUGGAGAACUUCCACCGAAAAAUCAGGCUCUGAUUCAUGGCCAAAACGUGAUGAACCAAUAUUCAGUCGAAGCGAAGGAAGGCAAGCAGACGUGAUGAAGAGUGUAAUAGCAGCCGUUCUUCCUAAUAGCGGUCAGGUUCAAAAACCCCUUCCAAACGAUAUUUCAUCGAAAACUGAAAGUCGCGUUUCUCAGGAAAAAAUAGCAGAACGCAGUAAUCCUGUCGAGCAAGCCAAGCUAGAAAAAGAGCGAGAGGAUCUGGAAAAAAUAGCGCAAGUUAAGAGCGAGUUGGAGAGUAUGAGGCGCGAUGACAAAGAAGGAUUCGAAAUGCUCCUCAGAGUAGUGAAGGAAAUGAACGAUCCGAGAGGUGGAUAUGCAAGAUCCUCUCUUUUCGCAAACGCAUCGCCAGCCAUAAAAAGUCUUUCGACGAACCAAUUGAUUAUGAGGGCUUUGUUCGGAGGGCCCGUCUCGACAUCGAAAGCAAGUGGAAAUCUUGAGUUUUCUCAGAGCAGUGAUCCCAAGAAUAUUUUGCCGUCUAAGGAUUCAGUACCUGCAGUCCCUAUCAAAUCAACAGAUAGUGCAAAUAUCCCAGACACAAAAAUACUUUCAUCAUCAGCCGCUCUCCCAGCUCCUGAUCCACCUUGUCCAUCCCAACCUCGCUGGGAGUCUUGGAGAAAUCUUGGUAGUCGUGAACCCGGUAAACCAUCGAACGAACCUGUUGCUCCGCCUAGUGACUCAUGGAGAACUACAGCCAGCAGCUCCGCGAGUUCAGCCAGCUGGAGAAGCGAUUCAAAGACUGUUCCGAAUAGUAGUCCAUUAAAAAAAGGACAGCCAUGGGAAAGUCAGCCCUCAGUAGGAGCUGAUAGAUUCAGACCACAGCAGACUAUGAUCUCGGAUUCCUUUAUUAGAUCUCGAGCAAAUGAUCGUGGACAAUUUAUGAAUAGGCCGUUGAGACGAUGGUAG